AUGGCUUGGAGUGCCUAUGGGGUUGGUGCCAGAUGGGCUGGGAAGACCCUGACCGGCAAGACCAUCACCCUGGAGGUAGAGCCCAGUGACACCAUCGAAAAUGUGAAGGCCAAGAUCCAGGAUAAGGAAGGCAUCCCCCCCGACCAGCAGAGGCUCGUCUUUGCAGGCAAGCAGCUGGAAGAUGGCCGCACUCUUUCUGACUACAACAUCCAGAAAGAGUCGACCCUGCACCUGGUCCUGCGUCUGAGAGGCGGUAUGCAGAUCUUCGUGAAGACCCUGACUGGCAAGACCAUCACCCUGGAAGUGGAGCCCAGUGACACCAUUGAAAAUGUGAAGGCCAAGAUCCAAGAUAAAGAAGGCAUCCCCCUCGACCAGCAGAGGCUCAUCUUUGCAGGCAAGCAGCUGGAAGAUGGCCUGACUCUUUCUGAUUACAACAUCCAGAAAGAGUCGACCCUGCACCUGGUCCUGCGUCUGAGGGGUGGCUGUUAAUUCUUCAGUCUUGCAUUCGAAGUGCCCAGUGAUGGCAAUACUCUGCAUUAUAGCCAUUUGCCCCAACUUAAGUUUAGAAAUUAACAAG